CUUUUCUUUUUUGGGUUUAGUAAUAAUGUUCUUGAAGAACGAAGGAAAAAAGCUGGGAAACCAUUGGGUCUAGAGAUUGAUCCUGUGACCAACAAAGUGGUUGGGCAAGAGGAUCAAGCUUUUAUUCGCAUGUUGGGAACUCUAGUUUCCAUGUUGUGUCCGGGGCAUUAUUUGGAUUUUGCUGAUGUACCUCAACAGUUUAAGGAUCAAGUGCUUGAUCGUAUGAGGUAUUACUAUAAUAUAGACGGUCAUCCACAACGUGAGUCAGUUCUGGCAACUCUCAACAAGGAGAUGGGGGAAAGAUAUCGCGAGAGAAAGAACUAUAGACAUAGACACUUCAAAAAUCAUUAUGCUGGACCAGAAGAUUUGGAGAAUGUCCUCUCUAAGCCACCUAACCAUUGCACUAAGGAGGCUUGGCAGCUUAUUUGUGAAAUGUUUUUGAGCGAAAGAUUUUUGGCUCGUUCCGCUAAAAAUCAAGCAAACAGAAGACAAAUGAAGUAUGUAACAACACAAGGCACAAAGUCGUUGGCAGCUAAGCGUCACGAAUAUGUAAGUGAAGAUGUUAAUUUAAUUUUAUAAAAUAACACAUUC